UUUUGGAAAAUCAAAAACUAUAAACCAUGUUAGAAUCCAGGGAUUAUCGAUUGUUGAGAAAAACAAAAAAAGGUGACAUCGCUAUCUUAUUAUUAUAUAUAAGAGAGGAAAAAAAAAAAAAAAUGGAGUUCUCGUUGUCCGACUCUCUCUCUCUUGAGAAAUCCAUUGUCGUCGUCACCCAAAAAGUAAGCUGUUUCUUUGAUCUUCCUGUUCACCCAAAAGCAAGCUUCUUCUUUCACAUCCCUUCUUUUGCGUUUCGUUUCCAGUCGUUCUAUAUAUGGGUUCCAGAGAUUUAAUUAGCAGUCUGCCAGAUGAAAUUCUUGGCAAAGUCCUGUCUUUGCUUCCGACAAAACGUGCUGCUUCCACAGCUGUUCUGUCUAAAAGGUGGAACAAUCUGCCUGCUCUUGUAGACAAGCUUGAUAUCAAUGACGCAAUUGGUGGUCCUGGAGGCUUCCCUGAAUUCAUAGAUAAAACACUUGCCCUCUUAACAAAUUCUACCACCAUUAAGAGAACCUCUCUGAAUAAUGAAUUUCAGUAUGGCGAGUCUCAAGUGAACACUUGGAUUCGCAGUUUCCUCGAGCGCGGCUGCUUGCAACUUUACUUGAACGCUCAAAGUUUGUAUACUAUAGACACUGAGUUCUUCACGAGCAACACACUUGUUGAGCUCACUAUAACCGGUGGGUUUUCUCCUGAUGGUCUUCUUCCUCCUGGUGGCGUGUUUUUCCCAAAGCUUAAAACACUCUCUCUCGUUCUAAUGACGUUUGUAGAUUCUGAUAUGUAUGAACUUUUCAUCUCUGGCUGCCCUUUGCUUGAGGAAUUCUUACUACGUAAUGAUGAAAUUGAAAUUCCCCCGGUUUGGAAUGCGCUAGUUUCGAGUCCUUCCAUCAAACGACUAACCAUCGUUCACCAUUUUCCCAAUUACCGUGAGGCACACGAUGGUUGUUGGUUCCGGACACCAAAUCUCGUGUACCUUGACUAUUCUAGCUAUGUCCCGGAUUGGUAUGAGGUUGAUUUAGGUUCCCUUGUAGAAGCUAGACUCGAUCUUCGAUCAUGGGAGCGCCUUAGAGAUGAGAAGGCUGGUGGUUAUGGUGACUGUGAUAGUGUUUAUGAUGAUGAGGAAUAUCCAGAUGAUCCUAUUUUGGGUGAUGUUACCAAUCUGGUUACAGGACUAAGCAACAUUAAAACCCUUCACUUGUCUCCUGAUUCUCUCGAGGUUAGUUUCCCCUACUUGUUAUUGUUUCAAUUUGAAGUGCAUUCUAGCUUGCAAAGUCUUCUUAUUGUGUGAUAUUUAAAAUCCAGGUGUUCUACUUUUGUUGUAAAUCAAUGCCGGUGUUUCACAACCUCCUUACUUUAUCUUUUGAGAGUGCCAAAAAAGAGGCUGGCCAGUGUUGCCACUUCUCAUCAAUAAGUCUCCUAACCUAGAGACUUUAGUCAUCAAGGUAUAUCAUUAUUCUCGUCCGAUCAACACAGUUCUAUUUCUUUCCUAGGCUAUCUAUUAUUGUACAUCAAUAUUCCUUUUUGGUAUCAGGGUCUUGUGCACCAAGUUACACGUAGAUGCGGGGACGCCUGCCCUUGUAUACCUAAGAGGAUGAAGAAGAAGAAGAAGGAAUUGGGAAUAUGCUGUUUAUCGACUUGUCAAGUGAAGGUGCUACAUAUUUCAGGGUAUCAAGGUACAUGUAGAGAGCUGAAACAGAUGAGGCAUUUCUUGGGAAAUUUGAAAUGUCUUGAAACUGUCAAUGUUGGUGUUGAAAUGAAUCACCGAGAAGACAACGAUGUUGACAACAAAUACCUCAGAAUCACUGAUGCUCUUAUGAAGCUUCCCAGAGUUUCAUCAAACUGUAGAAUCCAUUUCUUCUGAUUUAUCUUCUCCUCAUCUAUUUACUUGUUAGACUUUGUUUAUUUACGUGAUGCAAAACAUGUGUAUCAAAUUCUAAUUUUAAUUUAUAAAAAAACUUGAUUUG